AUGUCAGAAGAGCUUGGUCGCGGCACUAAUAUGCUAAUCCCAUCGACAAAAAGCUCCAAUUCACUCACAACUAAAGUUACAGCGGUUCUUUCUACAUCGUUUGCGGAUGCAGAGUUUCGCGAGGCUCUCUCCCUCCUUGAUGAGAAGGAAUUUGCAAACGAUGCGAGAAAUCGAAGACAAAUCAGGAUUGACUUCCAUAAGAAUGUCAUGGACUGUAAUGGAGUCAUAGUUGAUAGUUUCGGGCAAGUGGCAGAGGUUAAUAUCAUCCCAGCAUCUCCAAUACUUGACAGGUCAUCGCUGACAACCAUACAGCAGCUGCACCGCGUCAGGCUCAUACUUGGAAAGCUAAACGCAGAAUAUCAGGAUAUGAAAACCCAAAUUGCUCUGGCUAAGUCAGGAACCUCGACCACUCUAUCUGAGACGUCAUCUUUGUUAGAGACCCGAGCGCAAGUUUUAGUCAAACAGGACGUCUUGUCCGCUUUCAAAGAGCAUUUUCUCAUGACAGAGGUUGAAAUUGUUGCGUUGACAUCAACGGCUGAGCCUGUCGAUGAUCGGUUUUUUGAUGCCCUUUCCAAGGCGAAGAAGAUAAACAAGGAUUGCGAGAUCUUGCUCGGCCUUGAAGGACAGACCUUUGGCCUAGAUUUAAUGGAGCAGACGUCCACAAACCUCAACUUUGGGUUCCAAAAGUUGUAUAAAUGGCUUCAGAGGGAAUUCAAAACGUUAAAUCUUGAGAAUCCGCAGAUGAACACAUCAAUUCGGCGAGCUCUUCGAGUGCUAGCGGAGCGGCCGUCCCUUUUCCAAAACUGCCUAGACUUCUUCGCGGAGGCUAGAGAGCGACUUCUGUCGGAAGCUUUCCACAUUGCCUUAACUGGUACAAACUCCUCUGGUGUUGAUGAUGCCUCCAUUAAACCCAUUGACCUCACCGCGCAUGAUAUACUGCGUUACGUCGGAGACAUGUUAGCAUGGGUACAUUCCGCAACCGUGGGUGAGCUUGAGGCUCUUGAGGUCCUUUUCAUUGCUGAAGGCGAAGAGCUGGCUAAGGGUUUGAGACAAGGCAGGGAUACAGAGGUCUGGCGUCUUGUUGCAGAUGAUGAAGACGACGAUCGCGAGUUUAACGCUCUCGGGGCUCUGAAUAACCUCGUUGACAGAGACAUGGCUGGAGUCGGCAGGUUAGUUCGCCAACGGGUUGAACAGGUCAUUAGAACAACCGAGGAUAUCAUACCAGCCUAUAAACUCGCCACUCUUCUGAGCUUUUACGGCAUUACAUUCGAAAGGCUGUUGGGUCCAGCUUCGAAACUAGCAGAUUGUGUCCACGGAUUAGAAAAUGAAUCGCUACGGCAAUUUCGAUCUUUACUCAAGGAUAAUAUCGCACUGAUACAAAGCGAUGCUGAUAAGAUCCCUACCGAUCUUGCACCGCCACCCUUCUUUCACGACGCGUUAGACCAACUCGCUGCAAUUAUGCUGACAUUUGACUCGUCUCUAUCAUCGUCGGCGAUCCCUGAGAGCGAGUUUGAAGGCGUGCUUACAGACGCACUGGAGCCGUUUAUGAUUGCAUGCGAUAACAUGGCAAAGUCCAUGCCGCCACUAAGGGCCUCGAUUUUCAUUGUCAAUUUUAAAUCUGCAGCUUCCAAACGUCUUGCCAAGUUCGAAUUUACGAAGCGGCGGGCCGAGGAGCUUCGCCUGGAUAUCGCAAAGGAGUCGGCAAAACUUGUGCAGCACCAAUACGAGUUCUUUCGUCUGCGGUCUGGAUUAAAUUCACUGUUUAGUAGCGAGUGUGAUGCAUAUAGCAAAAGCAUUCCAGCACUUAACGCAACGGUUCUUGCCAAAGCAAGUCAGCAAUUGGAUGAGUUUCUACCUUCAGCACUGUUGGACGCCAUAGACAGGGUCAAAAACUUAGAGGACGCAAUGAUUGCUCGUCAAAUCACUGAAGAAGCCGCAGAGAUGUUUUGCAAAGAUUUUGAAGAGUUUGAAAAGAAAUUGGAGAGCAUGGGUCCCAGCACAGGGGCAAGCGAUGACGCAUCUGUUCGAUUACUGUUUCCCCGGACAUCCACAGAAAUCCGCGUUCUGCUAUCUUGA